AUGGGGCGGCCCUGGGGUGUAUACGCAGCUUACAUCCCCAGCCUCUCUCUUGUCUUAGCCCGGGAGCUGCUGCUGCUGCUGCAUGCAUGCGCUCUGCUGCUGGUGGUGCAGCAGCCGCCCCCUUAUAUGUUGGGGGGCCCCCCGGGGCCCCCAGUCGCUGCACCCCAUAUGUACCCUCCGCCCCUGCUGCCGCAGCAGCAGCACCUGCUGCUGCCGCAGCAGCAAGAACAGCAGCAGCAGCAGCAGCAGCAGCAGCGCACUCCAAUGCCUCCUUUUCAUGGUGAUAGAAACCAUGCUGCAGCAGGGAAUAUACCCCCUACACCACAUGCUGCUGCUGCUGCUGCUCCUGCUGCUGCUGCUGCUGCUGCUGCUGCUGCAGGGCCAGGAGAGCUGCUGCAUCCGCAUGAGUAUGCUGGACCUAGGGGGCCCCCUCACCCACCAAAAAGGGGAACUGAAAAACCAUGGGGCCCCUCAGGGCCCCCGGGGCCCCCUCUCCAGGGGCCCCCUCCCCAGGGGCCCCCUCCACGGGGGCCCCCUCCCCAGGGGCCCCCUCCACGGGGGCCCCCUCCCCAGGGACCCCCUACCCAGGGGCCCCCUCCACUGGGGCCCCCUCCACGGGGGGCCCCUCCACGGGGGCCCCCUCCCCAAGCGCCCCCUCCCCAGGGGCCCCCUCCCCAGGGGCCUCUUUCCCAGGGGCCCCCUCCACGGGGGCCCCCCCCACGGGGGCCCCCCCCACGGGGGGCCCCUCCCCAGGGGCCCCCUCCCCAGGGGCCCCCUCAUCAGGGGCCCCUUCCCCAGGGGCCCCCAUAUACCGGGGGGGCCCCCUACGUGACUACUGCCAGUUUGCUGCUGCUGUGGGGGGGCUGGGGCGUUGCUGCGCUGCUGCUGCUGUCUCCUUUGGGUUCUGUACCCUUUUUGCGUCAGUGCAGCGCGGAGGGGCACAACCGGGCGGGUGUAUCUGGGGGGCCCCCCGAGGGGCCCCCUGAGGGGCCCCCCUGCGGUACCUCUCGGGGGGCCCCCGGCCACGUUGCGGGGGCCCCCAUGCGGGGGCCCCCAGACCGCAGGAGCAGCCAACAGGGUACAGCUGUGGGGGCCCCCCACCCCCGCGGAGACACCGCAUGGGGCCUCCCCCGCAAGCAUGGGGUGUAUGUACCCUCCUUCAUGACGGAGGUGCUGCCGCACUGUCUCUUUGCUUUGUUGGGGGCCCCCCUUGUUCUGCUGUUGGCUUGGGGGGAGUUUGGGGCCCUCUCAGCCUUUGCUUCUUUGUGGGGGCCCCCCUCUUCUGGGGGCCCCUCAGUGGGGCCCCCAGUAGGGGGGGGCCCCCCGGGGGGCCCCCCGGGGGCCCCCCUUACCCCCGGGCCUGCUGCUAUGGAGAGCCUGAUGCAGUACCCCUUUUGGCAGUUGUCUCUGUUUGUUGCUGCAGCUUCACUUCUGCUGUUUUCUAUCUGUACUGUGUACCCUAUUGCUUCUUUUUGUCUUUGGGGGGCCCUUGCGGGGGCCCUUGGGGCCCUCUGGGGCCCCGCGCUCCUAGGGGGGGGCCCCUCGGGGGGGGCCCCCCAGGGGGCCCCCCAAGGGGGCCCCCAGGGGGGCCCCCAGGGGGGCCCCCUUGGGGGCCCCCACGGGGCAGGGUUUUAUGAACGCAGCAGCGUGGAUAUGCUGCCAGAGGGGCUGCUGCCUGCUGCUGCUGCUGUUUCUCUUGCUGCUGCUGUCUGCUGCUUGAGGAGAGCUAAUACCCUGAAGGAGGCCCUCACAAUACCCGAGCUGCUGCUGCAGGGCCUCCGCGUGAGUUGCUGCUUCGUUGUGUCUUUGAUGCUUCUUAGCUGCAGCGCGGCUCACCGGGGUCACCAGGAGCUGUCAGUGGGGGCCCCCGCAGGGGCCCCCCUAGGGGCCCCCCCCGGGGGGCCCCCCCACAUGGGGGGGCCCCCUAGGGGGCCCCCCCACAUGGGGGGGCCCCCUGUACCCUCGAGCCCGGUGAUGGGUCUACUGUCUCCUUCAAAUGAAGUGUGGGCCUGCCGCGUGAUUGUGGGGGCCUCCGUGCUGUCUCUGGCUGUCUCCUUUUGUCUCUUUUGCUGCUCUGCGCGGUGGGGGCCCCCUGAGGUAAGAACAGAUAUAAGUUUUUGUCGGUCGGUGGUUAGACACAACAACCCAGCUGUUGCUGCUGGGGAGUUUGGGGGGCCCCAUCAGCUGCAGCAGCUGCAGCAGCAGCAGCAGCAGCAGCAGCAGCAGCAACGGCAGCAGCAAAGGGCGGUGCAGCUGGUUUCGCUUAGUUCUGCUAUGGGAUUCAACAACAGCAGUAGCUGCAGCACCAACUGCAGCACCAACUGCAGCAGCAGCAGCAGCAGCAGCAGCAGCAGCAGCAGUUUAGACACACCAUACGGGGGGCCCCCAUACAUAGGGGCCCUCCCUGGGAGGGGAUGA